UGCCACCUCUAUUGCUGUGAAUUCGAUUUGGAUUUCGUUGAAAUCAUUUCGUCAUUUUGGAAAAAUAUGGUGUAAAGUGUGAACGUGAGCAAGGUUAUAAUUUUUGUGAUGCAAUGUUGUGGGUAAUUUUGUAAAUUAUAUAAUUCAUUUACUUAAAUAAAUUUUCCUAUCGGUGUAUAGUUUAAGUGGAUUGGAAUCUCAAUAUGAAUCCUCAAAAAAUAUUUGAUUAUACAGAAGAGUCUCAGGUUGAACGUAUCGCAAGGAAGUCAAAGGAUUCGCCGUUUAUGAUCGUAGGAAUUCUGGGCUUAAUAGGAGUCUGUGGUUAUGGAGCCUACAAAUUCAAGCACAGAGGUAAAAUGAGUACGAGUGUAUUCCUCAUGCAGUUGCGAGUCGCAGCCCAAGGCACAGUUGUAGCUGCUCUCACUGUAGGAGUGGCAUACUCAUUAUCCCAGAGGUUCCUGCAUAAAGAAGUAAAGAAAGAAUAAAAAACCGGCCAUGUGUGAGUCAGACUUGCACACUGAGGGUUCCGUACUCGGGUAUUUUUUCCAACAUUUUGCACGAUAAAUCAAAAACU